GAGUGAGUUCGGUGUUGGUGAUCGUGUAGGAUUAUUGGCUGCAACUGCUAUGUCAAAUCCUGCAUACAAGGCAUUGCUGGAUUAUCUCCAAGGCAGUACCUCUUCGUGGGAAAUGAUGAACGUAUUCUCUCAACCUCUAAGGAUGUGUUCUGGUUUGAGUACAUGGAUCUUAACUUGCUAUUAUAUUCGGUCAUAUGUACAUUUUCUUUCCAGACUCAGGAAAUCCUGCUUUGUGGAGUCAGUUUCAAGAAUACUGUAUCUGACCGCCGUGUAAUACUUUAUCUAAAUGACUGUGGAUGCGGAAGUAGAUAUUGCCGCGAAAAAUCAGCCUACGUAUUGAGCAAUCAUUUGAGAAAACUCUGUUUGAAGGAUGCUGCUGAUGAGUUCUUGAUUGAAUAUGCGACAUCACAGACUGGAUAUGAGAUUUUAGGUGGAGGCGGGAGCUUUGUUGGCCACAUUCAUCUGAACAAGUCGCACUUUGAAAAUCUGAGUGUUGAUCUCAAUGAGAUUCUUGAAAAAUGUGAGGAGAAAGUUUAUUCUUCCUUCAGGAGGAAGGAAAAAAAUGCUCAUCUAUUCAGACAAAUCGAGCUGUCAGUCAGAGUAAAAUGCUUUAGAGGUACAUUUACAAACGUUUGAAAUUCUGCUCCUUCCCAGUGCAUGUUGUUCUUUUGGUGAAGGCAAAAGUAAAUCAGGGGAGAUGCCAUGUGUGCGGUUCUCUUGGCCGCUGGAUCCAGGUUAUGAUCAAUUAGAAAAAUUGGCUCACAUUUUUGCAGACACAAUUUGCCCAAUUCUGCUGGAAACUGUUGUAAAAGGUGAUCAUAGGGUCUCUUCUGCUAAUAUAAUCUGGAGUAGUGCUGAGACGAUGACUUCGAUUAGGGGCUCUGGCAAGAAUCAACCAGGUGAAUUGGCUCUAGAAGUCCUUCUUGAGAAGGAAGCUGUCAAACAAAGUGGAGAUACUUGGAGAAUAAUCAUGGACUCAUGCGUCCCUUAUAUUCAUCUUAUUGACACAAGACGUUCUAUACCAUAUGCUAUCAAACAAGUGCAAGAAUUGCUUGGGAUUUCUUGUGCUUUUGAGCAAGCUUUUCAGAGGCACCUGGUUUUAACUUUAAGGAAUCUAAUAAGAGUAGUGGUUGUUCUGAUUGGGCCUCAAAGAAAGGAGAGUCUGCAAUCAAUGACUCAGGUGGUGGCUGGGGUUCUUCCAAGGGUGGUACUGCUGCUGCUGAUUGGGCAUCACAGAAAACGGAAUCUCCUGUCAGUGAAAGAAGUAAUGAUUCACCCAGUGGUGGUUGGGGUUCAUCUACGGGUGCUGACUGGGCCUCAAAGACAAGAGGGUCUGCGGUCAAUAAUGACUCAUCCAGUGGUGGUUGGGGUUCCUCCAAGGGUGGUUGUGGUCCUGAUUGGGCCUCACAGAAAAGAGGUUUUCGUGUCAAUGACUCAGCAGGUGGUGGUUGGGGUUCUUCCAAGAGUGGUGCUGCUGCUGCCUGGACCUCACAAAAAAAAGAGUCCCCGGUUUAUGAAAGGAGUAAUGACUUGGCCUGUAGUGGUUGGGGUUCGUCUAAGGGUGGAAGCGGUUCAGAUUGGCCUUCACAGAAAAUAGGAUCUCAUGUAAUUGACUCAGCCGGUGCUAGUUGGGGUUCGUCUAAGGGUGCCAGUGGUUCUGACUGGGCCUCACAGAAAAGAGAGCCUCCAAUCAUUGAAGGGAGUAAUGAGUCUAAUGACUCAGCUGGUGGUGGUUGGGGUUCUCCUAAGGUUGGCACUAAUAAAAACAUUUCCCAAUCUCAGUGGGGUACGCCACAGAAGAGUACAAAUGAAAACCCGCGAGUUUGGGGCUCUGCAGUUUCAGACACUAAAAAAUCGAAAAAAGAUACUGGAGUAGCCGAUGGUGGUUGGGGCUCUCCAAAGGUUGGCAACAAUGAUAAGGCUAAUGGACAAUCUCAAUGGGGCGCACGCAAGAGUGUAGGAUCCUCUGGUGAAGCAGAGGAAGGCAGGAACGAUUCAGGUGCUGGUGCUGGUUGGGGCUCUCCAAAGGUUGGUAACAAUGACAAGGGGGGCAAUGGACAAUCUCAAUGGGUCCCACAAAAGAGAAAUAGAGAAGACAACAAUGAAAGUCCGCGAAGUUGGGGGGCUUCUGCAGGUGCUGGAGGAGGGGAUUGGAAGAAUAAGAUAAACCGUCCACAAAGGCCAGCUGAUGAUUCUGGUGCUGGUGUGGCUUUCACCUUUACAAGGCAGAGGAUGGAUAAUUUCACAGCUGAGGAGCAAGAGAUUCUCCUUGAGGUUGAGCCUAUCAUGCAAAACAUCAGAAGGAUAAUGCAUCAAUCAGGGUUGAAUGACGGUGAUCCACUAACUCCUGAUGACAAGGCAUAUAUUGUUGAGAAUGUUGUCAGUUAUCAUCCGGAUAAAGCCUCAAAAAUUGGAGCUGGAGUUGAUUACCUUAUGAUUAGCAAGCACAGUACUGUCCAGGACACUAGAUGCUUCUACGUGGUGUCAACUGAUGGUGCCAAACAAGAUUUUUCCUACCGUAAGUGCCUGGAAAACUUAGUGAAGACCAAGUUCCCGGAUAAAGCUGAAACCUUCAACCAGAAGUAUUUCUAUGUAAAACGGCUCCCGCCCCUGCCUCGUCACCCUGGUCGGAAACAACAUGAAAAUAGUGGUGGGGGUGCCACUCCAGAAGCUGGAACUGAACAACCCAUACAACAAGAGCCUACUAAUGCUGCUGCCACCGGUGGUUGGGGUGCCACUCCAGAAGCUAGAACUGAUUGGGCAUCACAGAAAAGGGAGUCUCUUGUUAGUGAAAGGAGUAAUGGUUCACCCAGUGGUGGUUGGGGUUCCUUCAAGGGUGCUGAUUGGUCCUCACAGAAAAGAGGGUCUGCAGUCAACAAUGACUCAUCCAGUGGUGGUUGGGGUUCCUCUAAGGGUGAUUGUGGUCCUGAUUGGGCCUCGCAGAAAAGAGGUUCUCAUGUGAAUGACUCAGCAGGUGGUGGUUGGGGUUCUUCCAAGAGUGAUGGUGGUGCUGAUUGGAUCUCACAGAAAAAAGGGUGUCUGGUCAUUGACUCAGCCGAUGGUGGUUGGGGUACUUCCAAGUGUGGUGGUUCUGCUGCUGCUGCCUGGACCUCACAAAAAAAAGAGUCACCGGUUAAUGAACGGAGUAAUGACUUGGCCGGUAGUGGUUGGGGUUCAUCUAAGGGUGGAAGUGGAUCUAAUUGGCCUUCACAGAAAUUAGAAUCUCAUGUCAAUGACUCAGCCGGUGGUAGUUGGGGUUCUCCUGAGGUUCGCACUAAUAAAAACAUUUCCCAAUCUCAGUGGGGUACGCCACAGAAGAGUACAAAUGAAAACCCGCGAGGUUGGGGCUCUGAAGUUUCAGACACUGAAAAAUCGAAAGAAACUACUGGAGUAGCCGUUGGUGGUUGGGGUUCUUCCAAAGAUGCUUGUGGAAAUGAAUCGUCUGGUAGUGGUUGGGGCUCUCCAAAGGUUGGCAACAAUGAUGGGGCUAAGGGACAAUUUCAACGGGGCGCACACAAGAGUGUAGGAUCCUCUGGUGAGGCAGAUGAACACAGGAAUGAUUCAGGUGCUGGUGCUGCGUUGGGCUCUCCAAAGGUUGGUAACAAUGACGAGGGGGGCAAUGGAGAAUCUCAAUGGCUCCCACGGAAGAGGAAUAGAGAAGACAAUAAUGAAAGUGUGCAAAGUUGGGGGGCUUCUGCAGGUGCUGGAGGAGGGGAUUGGAAGAAUAAGGGAAACCUCCCACCAAAUCCAGCUGAUAAUUCUGGGGCUGGUGUGGCUUUCACCUUUACAAGGCAGAGGUUGGUCAAAUUCACAGCUGAGGAGCAUGAGGAGCAAGAGAUUCUCGUUGAGAUUGAGCGUAGCAUGCAAAACAUCAGAAGGAUAAAGCAUCAAUUAGGGUUGAAUGACGGUGAUCCACUAACUCCUGAUGGCAAGGCGUAUAUUGUUGAGAAUGUUGUCAGUUAUCAUCCGGAUGAUGUCAACCCGAAGCCAAGUUCUGGAAACUGGAACCGAACUACCGAUGGAGCUCCGUCAACCUCCAGUGGUGGUUGGAGUAAUAAACCAGAAUCUAAUAAAGGUCUCGUUCAGCCUGGAUCCUCCUGGGGGGCAAAUGAUGAUGAAUCUGAUCCCUCCUCUGCUUGGGGAAAAAGUGCCCAAGAAGAUAGCGGUGGAAAGAAGCAAGGAGGGGAAUGGAACGCGUGGCGAAAAGGAACCAAUGAAUCACCGACUCAAGCAGAAACAACACAAGGUAGCUGGGGUAAUACCAGUUCCAAGUCUACAGAAGAAGGUAGCUGGGGUAGAAAAGGUAACUCAGGUAAACAGAAGAAUGAAGCGGUUGGAGGGUGGGCUUCCUCUAAUAAGAGUAGUGGUUGUUCUGAUUGGGUCUCAAAGAAAAGAGAGUCUGCAAUCAAUGACUCAGGUGGUGGCUGGGGUUCUUCCAAGGGUGGUGCUGCUGCUGCUGAUUGGGCAUCACAGAAGAGAGAGUCUCCUGUUAGUGAAAGGAGUAAUGAUUCACCCAGUUGUGGUUGGGGUUCCUUUAAGGGUGCUGCUGGUGAUUGGACCUCACAGAAGAGAGGGUCUGUGGUCAAUAAUGACUCAUCCAGUGGUGGUUGGGGUUCCUCCAAGGGUGGUUGUGGUCCGGAUUAUGCCUCGCAGAAAAGAGGUUCUCGUGUCAAUGACUCAGCAGGUGGUGGUUGGGGUUCUUCCAUGAGUGGUGGUGGUGCUGAUUGGAACUCACAGAAAAAAGAGUGCCUGGUCAAUGACUCAGUCGAUGGUGGUUGGGGUUCUUCCAAGGGUGGUGCUGCUGCUGCUGCCGCUGCCGCUGCCUCGACCUCACAAAAAAAAGAGUUCCCGGUUAAUGAAAGGAGUAAUGACUUGGCCGGUGGUGGUAGGGGUUCGUCUAAGGGUGGAAGUCGUUCUGAUUGGCCUUCACAAAAAAUAGAAUCUCAUGUCAAUGACUCAGCCGGUGGUAGUUGGGGUUUCUCUAAGGGUGGCAGUGGUUCUGACUGGGCCUCACAGAAAACAGAGCCUCCAAUCAUUAAAGGGAGUAAUGACUCAGCUGGUGGUGGUUGGGGUUCUCCUAAGGUUGGCACUAAUAAAAACAUUUCCCAAUAUCAGUGGGGUACGCCACAGAAGAGUACAAAUGAAAACCCACGAGGUUGGGGGUCUGAAGUUUCAGACCUCGAAAAAUCGAAAGAAGCAACUGGAGUAGCCGAUAGUAGUUGGGGUUCUUCCAAAGAUGGUUGUGGUAAAGAAUCAUCAGGUAGUGGUUGGGGCUCUCCAAAGGUUGGCAAUGAUGAGGCUAAUGGACAAUCUGUUAUGGAUCCAUAUUAUGGAAUAGUAUAUCAACGAAGGCGUGGGCGUGAAGGUUAGGGGAGUUAGUUGAUCAAAUCUGGAAAGAUCAGAAUGCUCUGUGGCUGACCAUGAGGAAUAGGAAAGCUGUUAUUAGUUAUUUCCUUAUUUAAUUUAGGAAACUUCCUAUUAUCCUUAUGCUUCCAAUUAGGACUCUUGUAAUCUCUAUAUAAGGGACCUAUUUGAUAAAGGACCCGGGAAGAUUUAAUUUGAUGUGUCUUGACUAGGUCGGGCACCGAUUAUUUCCUUAAGACUCUUCAUAGUUAUUCUCCGCCAUACUUGUCAUGUCGUCACCUAGUCGUCUACUAGGCGUCCUGGCGCUAGGUAGUUCUUGCCGGGUACUCUCGCCUCCCCGGAAGAAGAUUAGUCGAGCUUGGCGUCGUCCAGGCGUGAAUUUGGCGACUAGUCGCCGCCUAAUAGCCUAUUUUCCCCAGUAGCCGUCGGCCAGGCCCAAAAAAGAAAUUAAGAAUAGAUAAAGUCCAAAGUAAUCUUACGAACUUCGUUGCCAUCAUCGUCUAACUCAAAUAGCAGAGUCGUAGUGUCGAAGCAGACGACUAGAGACCAAUAGAUUCCUAGGUCCACCGAUCUCUCAU